AUCAAAGUUUUUCCAAUUCAGUUAACGGAAUGCCUUAAACAGAAAAAAAUCUCAUAAUGAGAACCUUAUGUUAUGGCAUUUUUUUAGUUUUAACAAAUUACUAUUUUUACGACGUUUAUUGUGUACCUGAAAAAUCAGUGUUUGCAAAAUUAGGAAUCGAUAUUUUGGACUAUGCAAAGGAAUUUACAGCCAUCGUCGAUAUCAAUAAUGGCGUGAAUGAAGAUCCUGCUGUCGUUCAAGACGCUGACCUAAAUAUAACCGAGCUAAUAGUGAAAUACGAUCACCCCGUACAAGAACAUCGUGUACAGACAGACGAUGGCUACAUUCUGAAAAUGUUUAGGAUUCAGAACAAGGGACCACCAGUCUUCUUAAUGCACGGCUUGCUGAUGAGUGCUGACGACUGGCUAACUGUUGGGCUUAAAGAUAGUUUAGCAUAUCAGUUAGCGUCAGCGGGAUACGACGUGUGGAUGGGCAACGCUCGAGGAAAUAAACACUCCCGGGAUCACGUGAGCAUUUCACCGGAAACUCUACAAUUUUGGAAAUUUAGUUGGCACGAAAUUGGAUGUUAUGACUUACCAGCAAUGAUCGACUACGUCAUCAAUACCACAAAUAAAGAAAAUUUAGUGUACAUAGGACACUCGCAAGGAAAUACCGCUUUCUUCGUCAUGUGUUCCGAAAAACCGGAUUAUAACAACAAAAUUUCGAAAAUGAUCGCAUUGUCACCUGUCGCCUGGACGUUUCGCAUCAAGAGCCCAUUAGUCAGGAUGGUUGCUCCAUUUAAUAUAUACCAUCCACUGUUUACCCAUGUGUUAGAUAUUUACGAAAUCUUACCGCGACCUAUAGAAAACUUUUUCUCAGAGACGCCAUUAUGUGAAAUAGAGAAUGGUUUAGUGUGUAUCACAAUUUUAUUCAUUUUUUGUGGAUUUGACUAUGAACAAUUUAACCAGAUGAACGCACCUGCAAUAUUUGGGCAUGCACCAGCUGGAGCAUCUAUUUAUCAAUUCGUGCAUUAUUUACAAAAUAUGAUGUCAGCAUCAUUCAGAAAAUUUGACUAUGGGGAAGACAAAAAUCUAGAAAUGUAUGGAUCUACUGAACCUCCAAUAUAUGCAGUGGGCAAUGUAACCGUACCCAUUGCUCUAUUUUACAGUGACAACGACUGGCUUUGCGAUGUCCAAGACGUUAAACAAUUGGAAAAUACGUUGCCUAACGUAAUAGAAUCAUAUCGCGUACCAUUUAAAAAGUUCAAUCAUAUUGACUUUUUAUGGUCCCGAAAUGUAAAAGAAUUAAUUAAUGACAAGAUUUUGCAGUUAAUCAGUUAAAGUUCGAAUUCUUAAAAUAAAUAGCAUGCAAUGUUUAUAAACGAUAACAGCUUUUCUUCCUUUUUUAUCGAACAAAAUUUUUCAUCUACCCUGUAAAAAGAAGAGAACAUCAAUUUAAGAUAUCACAUUUUGUGAUACCUAGUACCUACCUUCAUACGACUAUAAGCUGUGCUAUAAGACAAAAUUUUAAAAAUAUCUUCGAAUUUCAAACAUGUAGACAGAUAGGUUCCUAACUGUUCAAACUUGAGAAGCAGGUAAAAAAGUAAAAAAC